UUCUAUACGUGCGUACUGAGAGCUAGGGCUUCUGACUGGGCCCGUGUUUUUUUGUGCAAAGAGAAGGGUCUGUUCAACAAGCUCUUUGAAGGAAAGAGGUGCAUCGCGGGUCCAACGUCAAUGCUCUACCAAGAAAAUAGCGAUGCGCAGCAUUUAUCUAGUUCACUCUCUCGCACGCAUUUGAUUUCUGCCGCAUCUGGAAUGUUUUCUGGCGCGACUGCCGCAUUCUUCACGGCGCCGCUCGACACUGCCAAGACCCGUCAAAUCUCUAUGAAAAGUCAGACAAGUAUUUUUUUUGUGUUUCGAGAAAUCGUCAGUAACAACGGGUUCCUUGGGCUCUACCGCGGACUGUCGGUGACUCUGCUCGGUCUACUUCCUACGUGGAGCAUAUAUUGGUCAACGUAUACGUCUCUGAAGCACAUCCAGAUGAGACACGGCAAGCAAGACGAUACCUCCUUCAGUCUCCAUCUGUUCUCGGCGUUGGGUGCCGGUGUGGUUACUGUCACCUUGACCAACCCUCUUUGGGUCAUCAAGACUCGUCUCCAGAUGCAAGAUGCCAGCAAUCGGUGUAAAAAAGAGCUGACGAUACACGAAGCUAUCUCCGCUAUGUUACGAGAAGGGAAGACCGGGUUGACAAGAGGACUCUUUCCCUCUCUGUUGGGCGUUGCCCAUGUCUGCAUUCAAUUUCCUCUCUAUGAGCGCGCGAAACUCACAUUCAGAAAACGGAAAAACAAAAAAAAUUCAGAACUCAAUUCUGUAGAAAUUAUAUGUUCUAGUGUGCUGUCAAAAAUAGUCGCCAGUAUUGUGGCCUAUCCGCACGAAGUACUCCGCAUAAGACAACAAAUGGAACAAAACUCGCGGUCCUCCAUAUCAGAGCUGGCCAAGCAAACGCUGAAAGAAGAAGGAGUCCUCGGGUUCUACCGAGGUUUGGCUACGAAUUUAGUCCGAGUGGUUCCUGCGUGCAGCAUUAUGUUUGUUUCAUUCGAAUACAUGUACAGGUUCUUAGAGAGGGUCGUUUGAAGGCACGCAACGCCGAAAAAAAGUCUCCAAAACGUCUGCCGAGAUCGGAGCGGAUGCGGCUGCAUCAAUUACCCGAAGCUUGCUCUGAAGUUGUCUUAACCGAUUUGCAAACUCGAGUUGGGUCGGGAAUAAAUGAUUCCAGCUCCAACUUUCUGCCUUCAGCACUUGAAUCUUGAGGAAAAAUAAUUCGCGACACUUGGCCUUGAAUUCUAUCUAUCGGCACGGGCCCGUAGGUAUUACUGUCAACUGAGCUGAAUUGAUUGUCCCCUUCGACCCACACGUGCCCGCGCGGAACGAUCACUACGGAAAGCGGGGCGCCAUCUCUGGAAUGCUCCGAUUUAAGAACCGCAUGACCAUUUUUCUGCUCAACCUGUCGAGGAGAACUAUGGCGUGGAACGACAACGUCGCCUUCUAUUCCCACGACCCGUUUUACCGCCGCAGAAUCACGUUGGCCGCCUGGCGGGUACAAACAAACCACGUCUCCGCGUUUGGGCUCGUAAUUCCAUUUCCAUAAAAAACAUAUGUCGCUUCUGGGAGAAGGACUGGGGUUCAACGUCGGCCUCAUGGACCCUCCCUCCACAAUGAGAAAUGUACACACUCGAUCGAGAAACCAUGCAAUCGAGAAAAAGCACCCACCACUCAGCGUAGCCCACCGAAGAAUGCGCUGACUACAAAGUCUCUGUGCCAUCUCUUGAAAGCAUUUUAUCAUUGAAGAACGAAAAAAAUUUCAUUAAACAAAAAAAAAAUAACUUGUAUCUCACUCUUCACAAAGGUUGUGAGCUCCCCUCGAAAAAAAAAAACACAUUCUGGGCUUGUGUGCACCUCUUUCUUUGCUGUCGCCAUGAAACCCUCCAAAACUCUAUUCGUGUUGGUCGUCGCGUGUAUAUUGUGCUUUGCGUCGGGAGGGCUGAGAGAAACGGGCUUGGGCAUCGAAUACGUUAAAUCGUUCGUGACGAACACCAACGACGGCCAUAAAGACGUGUGGGCGGUACUGGUGUCAUCUAGCAGUACCUGGUACGAUUAUAGACACACGUCGAAUACACUCGGGUUCUAUAGAGCGAUUAAGAGUUUUGGCAUAGACGACGGCCACAUCAUUUUAAUGCUGACGGACGUCAUGGCCUGCAGCCCAUCGAACAUGGUCCAAGGCUCUAUAGUCAUGAGCGAGCCCGGAAGGGAUGUCUAUGGGCCGGAAAUUGAAGUUGAUUAUCGCUACGAUUCGGUGACCGUUAGAAAUUUGGCGUCUGUGUUGCUCGGUCGUCAUGAACCGCAUACGUUGCGCCGUAAAAGAAUGAUGAGCGGUCCAAAAUCAAACGUGAUUCUUUAUAUGACCGGACACGGCGGAGAGGGGUUCCUGAGAUUCAAAACCGACGAACUGCUGGCUGGAGACUUUGGCCGAAUUGUCGAACAAAUGAGCAUACAAGGACGAUAUAUGCAUCUGCUAACUAUUUUAGACACUUGUCAAGCGCACACGCUCUACAAAGAAGUAAAUGCCAGCGGUUUUAUAGGAAUCUCGUCUUCUAUCAUCGGAGAAAACUCUUAUUCGCUGCACUUUUCAGUCAAUUUGAACACGGCACUGGUCGACCAAAUGACAUACUGCAUUCAAGAAUACAUCAAAGAACGCAGUGCGGAUGGGCUGGGAACACUCCUAGAUAUGUCCAACGUCAGGAAAUAUUGUAGAGUGUACCACAGCACGUCGGGGCUGACCACGAUAGACGUAGACGUCCCGUCAAUGGGCGUGGCAGACUUCUUCACCCAGGCCGUAAACAUGUAUCCCACGCUCAAACCGUAUCCUUAGUGGCCCCUCAAAGGACCGUCUGCACAUCAACAACAUUAAAACCAGCAAUCCCAAA